GACACCUCGGAGGACCAAUGGGGGCGCGAGAUCCCUUUUGGCCUCCUCCAAUCGCGCGAAGCCCUCCGCUCCAAGCCGCCUCUUGGGUAGCAUGGAUGCGCGGCUCGCUCUGCGGCGGGGAGAGAAAUGCUGAUUGCGGGCGAUGCUUUGGGAAGCCCGAGGAAGAAGAGAAGGAAAGAAAGAAAGAAAGAAGAGACACACAGAGAGAAAGAGAAGGAGCCACCACUCAAGUUUUAGGCAAUGAAUUAGCGAUUGCUGCUGCUGAUGAUGAUGAAGAGGAGGAAGAAGGGGAACAGUUUGACUUUGACAGUGGAGACGAGAUACCAGAGGCAGACCGACAAACCAUUUUGCUGCCCAAUUCUGAAUCCAAAAAUAGUGCCGAACAGGAAGGAAUGGAUGCUGUAGGUAAUGAGAAUCUAGAAAAUGGAGAUGGAGCUGAGAAGAUGGAAAAAACCGAAGCCAAAGUAGAAGGUGUUUUGCCAAGAGCUAAUCCAUAUUCAGUCAUAACCAUUUCACCAAUGCAAGAAAAAGAGCCAUCCUUAUCACCAGAGCCCAGCCCAAAAGAUGGAAGUAUAAGUCCUACCGUCUCAAUUGGAUAUUCUGUUCCUGUGCCCUGUGGCUAUGCUGUGCCAUCCAAUUUACCCUUAAUGGUGCCAGCAUAUUCCAGUCCUGUUAUAAUUCGGAGUGUAUCCGUGGAUGAAGAAGCAAACAUUCACGUGAUUCCUGAGGACUCCCAUUCAAAUUCUCAGAGUUCAGAAGAUCCUCAGAACAGUGAAGAUAACCAGGGGCAGAAUGAUGAUAAUGUUUUGACUAAAUGGGUUGCCGAUCCUGUAAACACAGAAUGGAUGAAGAAUCCAAAUGAGGUAAUAUAUGAUGAUGUGCCAAGAGAAAACUCAGACUCUGAACCAGAAGAGAUGAUUUACGAUGAUGUUGAGAAUGGAGAAGAAGGUGGAAAUAGCUCCCUAGAAUAUGGGUGGAGUUCAAGUGAGUUUGAAAGCUACGAGGAGCAGAGUGACUCAGAGGGUAAAAAUGGAAUGCCCAGUUCUUUCCUGCGUGGCAACCACAGGAGACAACUUUCUCAUGACCUAACCCGUUUAAAGGAGCACUAUGAGAAAAAGAUGAAAGAUUUGAUGGCAAACACGGUGGGAGCAGUAGAGAUUCAGCAACUAAAGCAAAAACAUGAGCUGAAGGUGCAAAAACUCAUGAGGGCUGCUAGGGAAGGCACCAAAGAUGGACUUGAAAAGACUAAAGCUGCUGUAAAGAAGGGCCGGUGCUUCAUUAGAACUAAAUCAUUUAUUAAUCAAGAUCAUAGAUCAUCCUGCCUGGAAGAAGAGGAGCUCUUUAUUGAUGUUGACUGUAUGAACACAGAGGCAAUCAUGACUCCUAUGCCGGAUGGGUUAUCCCAACAACAGGUGGUGAGAAGAUAUAUUUUAGGUGCUGUGGUUGACAGUGAGAAAAACUACGUGGAUGCUCUCAAAAGGAUUCUAGAGCAAUAUGAGAAACCUCUUUCAGAGAUGGAACCCAAAUUAUUAAGUGAGAGGAAACUAAAGAUGGUCUUCUAUCGAAUUAAGGAAAUUCUUCAGUGCCAUUCAUUGUUUCAAAUCGCAUUGGCCAGUCGUGUGUCUGAGUGGGAUUCUGUGGAAAUGAUUGGAGAUGUCUUUGUUGCAUCGUUUUCGAAAUCUAUGGUGCUUGAUGCUUACAGUGAGUAUGUAAACAAUUUUAGCACCGCUGUGGGGAUUCUCAAGAAAUCAUGUGCCACAAAACCAGCCUUCCUUGAGUUUUUAAAGCAAUGCCAGGAAUCUAGUCCUGACAGAAUUACACUCUAUGGCUUAAUGAUGAAACCCAUACAACGCUUUCCUCAGUUCAUCCUCUUGUUACAGGAUAUGUUGAAGAACACUACAAAAGGCCACCCUGACAGGCUGCCUUUGCAGAUGGCUCUCACGGAACUUGAAACCUUGGCGGAAAAAUUAAAUGAAAGGAAAAGAGAUGCGGAUCAGCGUUGCGAAAUAAAACAAAUAGCAAAAGCCAUGAACGAGCGUUAUCUGAACAAGCUACUUAGCAGUGGAAACAGACACCUCAUACGAAGUGAUGACAUGCUUGAAACUGUUUAUAAUGACAAAGGGGAAAUCGUCAAAACCAAAGAGCGACGACUGUUUAUGUUAAAUGAUGUCCUAAUGUGUGCUACUGUGAACAUCCGUUCUUCCCAUGAAAGUAGUGGUGUUGUGUCAGGCCAAAGGUACUUGCUAAAGUGGAGUGUGCCCCUUGGGCAUGUAGAUGUCAUAGAAUAUGGAAGCAGUGAAAAUCAAGACGAGAACUGCAGAUUUUCUUCACAACAUACCUCCGAGAAUAUUGUUGUCAAUGCCAAACCAAAUAAGCUUUAUAUGGGACCAGGACAACUUUAUCACGAUUUGCAGAAUCUCUUGCAUGAUUUGAAUGUAGUUGGCCAAAUCAGUCAACUGAUAGGGAGUCUUAAAGGAAACUACCAGAAUUUAAAUCAGUCAGUAGCACAUGAUUGGACCUCGGGCUUACAAAAACUUAUCUUGAGAAAGGAGGAUGAAAUCAGAGCAGCAGACCGCUGUAGGAUUCAGCUUCAGCUUCCUGGAAAGCAGGACAAAUCAGGCCGACCUACUUUCUUUACAGCAGUGUUCAAUACAUUUACUCCUGCCAUCAAACAAUCUUGGAUCAAAAAUUUACAAAUGGCUAAGCUUGCUCUGGCUGAGGAGAAUCUCCUAGGUUGGUUCUGUAUAGAUGAUGAUGGGAAUCAGAUAAAAAAAGAGAAACAUCCUCUCCUUGUUAAGCAUAUGCCUGUGAUGAUGGCCAAGCAACAAGAAUUUAAGGUUGAAUGUGCUGUUUAUAACCCGGAACCAUACUCAUGUGAAGAAACCGAUCCAGAUUCCCUCUCUAAAGAACAUGGUUUUCUGUGGAUUGGCAGUUGUACUAAUCAAAUGGGCCAAAUUGCCAUUGUUUCGUUUCAAAACUCCAGUCCAAAAGUCAUUGAAUGCUUCAAUGUGGAAUCAAGAAUUCUGUGCAUGGUCUACAUUCCAGAAGAGGAGAAACAGAAAGAGCCCAAUGUGCCUUCGGAGACAGAAGAUACACCCACAAAACCCUCCAGUGUGCCUACCAUAUGUUUAGGCAUGGAAGAAGGAAGCAUUUCUGUUUACAAAAGUAGCCAGGGCUCAAAGAAAGUCCGACUUCAACACUUCUUCACUCCAGAAAAGUCUACUGUCAUGAGCCUAGUGUACAAAACUCACCACUUGUUUGCUGGCCUCGUCAAUGGGAACAUUGCCAUCUACACAAAACUGGAAGAUGGAUCGUGGAGUGCAGAACCUCAGAAGGUAGUGAAGUUGGGUGUUCUUCCAGUACGAAGUCUCCUUGUGAUGGAAGAAACCAUCUGGGCUGCUUCUGGUGGACAAAUUUUUAUAAUUAACACAGAGACUCACGUUGUAGAGUGCCAUUUUGAAGCUCAUCAAGAGGAAGGGAUGGUGAUUUCUCAUAUGGCUGUUGCAGGAGUUGGGAUCUGGAUCGCAUUCACAUCAGGAUCUACGCUUCGCCUAUUCCACACCGAAACUCUUAAGCAUCUUCAAGAUGUUAAUGUUGCUCCUCUCGUCCACAACAUGUCAGGACAGCAGCGUGUGUCUGUAACAAGCCUCCUGGUGUGCCAUGGCUUAUUACUGGUUGGAACAAAUCUGGGGAUUAUAGUCGCUCUCCCAGUUCCUCGUUUGCAAGGAAUCCCAAAAGUAACUGGAAGAGGAAUGGUCUCCUACCAUGCCCACAAUGGCCCUGUUAAGUUCCUUGUCAUGGCCUCUGUGACAAGCAAGCGUAGCAAAAACAAAUCAAGGGAUCUUCAUUCAGGACUGAAAGAUGAAGACCAGCAGAAUGCUGUUCCCAGCGAACAGCCGAGCUCUUCCCUGAGCAACCCAAAUGACAGUGCUAUUUGGUUGGGAGGUUCAAUAGGAUCCAUUGCUCAAAAGAGUGACUUGUCUUCAUCUUCUGGAUCGUUGACGUUGUCCCAUGGAUCAACCACGACUGAACACAGGCCUGAGGAGAGUGCGGUGUAUGAGCUUUUGAAGGAAGUCUCUCUCAACCAGGGUAAGAAACGUCGGUCCAAAGAAGGGAAAGCGAUCUCGGUCUUAGUCAUCUCUGGAGGACAAGGGCACAGAAGGGUGAACAAGAAGGCAAAGCAGCAGCGUCCCGACGAACUGGUUUCAUCUGUGAUGGUUUGGCAGAUCCCGUUGUUAAAGAUUUGAAACUGUGUCUCUGUAAAAGACAUCUGCUUGAGCUCUAAAAAUCUAAACCCAUGAUAGUGAACUUUCUUCAAAAGGAAUCAUGAUUGCAUCAUCUUCAUAUGAGUUUUGAGUUAAGCAUUGAUUCUUGCAAAGCUCUACUUGUAAGACUAGUUUGUUUUGAAGUCUUGUGUUUUUUCUUUCUGAAGGCACCUACAGAUAUCCUGAAAAGUCUCAUUUAGAACUGUAUUUGUAAAUAUUUAACUCUAAAUGGAAGCACUCUAACAGAAGAAGAGGUGUAAUUCAAGAGGGUUUUUUAAAAACCGUUAAUGCCUUCAUUUGAUUUAUAGUUUAUGGCUUGCAGAACACAACAUGAAGGCAAGGAGCAAAUAGCAUUCCACUGAUUAGCCUUUCCUAAAUAAUAUCUCCUUACAAAGCAGUACAAUGCCCAUGCUGCUUAUGUUACCAAACAUAUUUGAGCAAUAAUUAUUUCAGUAUAGUCUGCUAGUUUAACUCCUGGGUGUAUAGAUAAAUCUGUAAUAUAUUGCCUCAAGGAAGUAUCACACAAAAUGAAAUGUAGGGGUUUUUUUUUCAUAUACUACCUUAGUUUAUACACUAAUGAACAUUUAAUGCUAAUUUUAAUAUUUAGUAUUUAAAAAUGAAUGUUGCGGAAAAUAAAUGUUUAAAAAACGGAAACACAAAACAAAGGUUUUACACAUUUUACUUAUUAAGAAUCUUUGUGGAAGGGAAAAUGAAUCAUGUGAUCAUUCCCAAUACCUAUACGGAAUGCAUAGUUUAACAAGUAUGGACUGUAGUUCAUAUUUUGGUGCUCAUUUGACAAUAGUACAUUUUGUUGCUGGCAAUGGAAUGUUCUCCCUUUACAUAUAGAGCAUAUAUGCUCUGACCAACAUUGGGAAUGGGGAAAAUCGUAGCGAAACAUAUGCAAAAUAAAGCGAUCUCUCAUAUUAAGAGAAUACAACACUAUACAAAACAUCAGUGCCUGCUGACAGGAUGUAUUGUUAAUGCAGGAUUUGAUUGGAAUUUAGUUGUUGUGAAUACUGGCAAAACUCACUCCCUAAUAUCUGUAGAAAGAGGCAUGUUAUAACGUGCACUUCCAUACAGAACGCAGAAUCCUAGAGUUGGAAGAGAUCCCAAGGACCACUCAGUCUAACCCCAUUUUUGCUAUGCAAAAACACAGUCAAAGCACUCCCGUCAGAUGGUCAUCCAGACUCUGCUUAAAAACCUCCAGAAAAGGAGAUUCACCACACUCCAAUUCAUGAGAUGUGACAUGUUUUAAAUGAAUUUUUUUUAGUGCCAGGAGCAACUUAAAAAACUGCAAGUCGCUUCUGGUGUGAGAGAAUUGUCUGUCUGCAAGGAAAUUGCCCAGGGAUGUUUUAGCAUCCUGUGGGAGGCUUCUCUCAUGUCUCAUGGGAAGCUCGUGCUGACAGAUGGGAGCUCACUUUGCUCCCCAAAUUCAAACCGCCAUCCUUUUGGUCAGCAGUCCUGCUGGCAGAAGAGUUUAACCCUUUGCAUCACUGGCGAUGUCUUUAUGGUCAAAACAGUCUUGUUUUGACCAUAUCCAGUCCCCAGAAUUUUUACCAUAUCCAGUCCCUCAUCCAGUCCCCAGAAUUUUGAUACAGGAGUAAAUCCCAUUCUAAUUUGCUAUUACUGAGAGGAGACAUUGUAAAGCUUGCAGCCUGUGAAUUGCAAGCCCAGAGCACACCUCUUUCCAUCCAAAAUGCAUUACAACUUCUCUUAAACAGUGCUUUGAGAGAUGCCAGCUUUGAAAGUUGCCAGCACUUCAUUUCCUCUUCAUUGACUUCUUUAAGCUGGCUACUUUACUAGAUAGAUCUGAGUUUGUGGAAACACAAUACUGUUUUGACCCAUUUCGCUGUAUGAGAGAGAAUUUCUGAAGGUCUGAUGGUUUGGAAGUUGUAGAUAAAUUGCUAAACCGGUUAUGAUAGUAGAUUCACAAGGGGUAGCUAGGUCAUAAUCAGUGGUGCUGGACCACCCGAAAUGUUACUUCACUCUUUUAUUCAUUGAUGUAAAGUGGACUCCAAUGGGAAACUUUAAUAUGGAAGACCAUACAGUGAGCCCUACAUAUCCACAGGCUCUGGGUUUCUGGAUUCAGUCAAGCACUGCUUGAAAAUAUUCAAUUUUUUAAAGAUAGGACACCUUAGUUUUGCUAUGCCAAACACAUGGCCGAUGUGUAGUUAUACUCUGCUGUCAUCUGCCAUUCCACAGAUCCUCAGGCUCCCUCCAGCACUCAUUUCAGCAGUCUACCAUUUUACAUAAUGGACAUCAUUUUACUAGGCCAUUAUAUAUUGGGGCUUUUAGCACCCACUAAUUCUCGUAUCCACUGAGGGUCCUGGAACAAAGCCCUAGCAGAUACUGAGGAGCCAAUGAAUUAUGGCCAGUUACUGAAGGCCCCAGUGGUGCAUUGGGAUAAACCCUUGUGCCUGCAGAACUGCUGACCGAAAGAUUGGGGGUUCGAAUCUGAGGAGCUCCCAUUUAUCAGCUCCAGCUUUUCAUGCAGGGACAUGAGAGAAGCCUCGCACAGGAUGGUAAAACAUCCAGAUGUCCCCUGGGCAACCUCCUUGCAGACAGCCAAUUCUCUCACACCAGAAGUGACUUGCAGUUUCUCAAAUCGCUUCUGACACACAAAAAAUGACCAGCUACUGGUAAGAGGAUCACUAAGAUUGAGACCAGUUUUGGUCAUGCUUCAAGUAGACAGAGAAAUCAAUGAGAUUUCCUUCAAAUUAUAUUGGUAGAACUACUGCAAAGAUGACCAAGUCUGGAUCCAGUCCUAGAAUGAUGCAGGUGAAUAAAUCUAAGAGUAUCAGAAAUAAGAGUUGGCUUGUUUUACUUGGAGAUGAAGCCGAAGAUCUGUUAUGCGAUCACUAGAUAACUUGUAAUAAUAAACUGACCAAUCUUUGUAGCUCCAGCUGUUUUUACAUUAACAUUAACUUCAAACCCUGCCUCUAAAACCACUGUCUUGGAAUACCAGAGCUGCAAAUAUGGCCAAAUAUAAACUGAAGUAAAUAACAUCCAGUUGAGUGUUGGGUCAUUUACUGGAAGGACAGGCAGUGGUCAACAAAAAGAGCUUAUGGUUUCUAUGACAGCUAAGAAAAAAUACAUUACCUCAUGCCCCAAUGUGCCCAAUACAUUCUUAAUUUCAAUCUAGUUGGAAUAACUCUUCUCUGUUUUAGUUUGACUGCUCUGUUUGAUUUGCUGUAAAGGUUGUCAUAUGUAUUAGGUGAACCCAUUUGGCCAGGAAAAAGGAAUGUGUGGCUCUCUAGAUGUUGUGGACUAUGAUACAGAGUGGACUAUGCUGAGUAGUGAUGAUAAGAACUCAAGUUCAACGACAACAGGAAGGCAACACAUUCCCCAACAUUGACUACAACUUAGAGAAGACCACUAAUUCCUAAAACGAAUUGGUACCAAUUCAACAUGUGCGCUCUUGUAUCCAUUGUGUACUAUUUGAAAAGCCAGUGGACUAAAUUCUAGCGGCAUAAGCAACAGGAUUGACCUGCAUUUGUCAUUUAUUGUAACUGUCGAGUUGCAUACCUCAAUGCUUUAUGGAGCUCAUUGUGUUUCUGGCUCUAAGUAGCCUCAUUAACUUUGCUGUCAUUCACCAAGAAGGUCCAGAGAAACAAGGACAGUUUUCUGAAUUCAGCAGUUUUUGAAGCUGUUGGUCUUGAAACAACCUCCUCUGCAAUAAAUAUUUCUAUUUUAGAAAUAGUUUGUCAUAUGUAAUUGAGCUCAACUGCUCAAAGAGAAAAAGAAAAACCAAACAUGGAUCCCACCAUUAAAUUCUGAUACAGAUUCUGUGUAUGCGCCACUAGGCAUUAUGGCAAAGAAAAGCUUUAAAGUAUUAUAAAACUGUAUGUAGGUAUAUAGACAAAAAUGCUGCUAACAAGUUACUAAGUGCAAGAUACAAUAUUUGCUUUGUAAUAUAACGCAAACUGGUACUAUAUUGCUUUGAUGUUGGGUGCAAGCCAAUAGCAAUGUACUUGUAGAGUCAACAAACAGAAAGAUAUACAACCAGGUUGCUAGGAGGAGCAGAGCUUUGUUUCUGACUCCUCUUGAAAAGUGAAAAAAAUAAUAGGAAGAAGGGGAAGUAGUGCUACUACUACAGUGCAUUUAGUAUUUUCUAACAUUUAACAGUAUAUGCAUUAUAACCUGAGCCAUAGAUAUUUAUGUGUAUGUCCACAACAAAGUCAGCAAAAUGUUUAUUAAAGAAAACUGUGAAUAAACAAGUCCUCAAAACA